GCAGACAGGGACAUACACGGGUACACUUAAAUUUGCCAUUUCUUUACACUGUGCGCUGGGACUGUCAAAGAGGGACUCGGCCAUAAAUACAUUCAAUUGCUACAAAAUCUCAGAUCCAGAUUUUGUCUCGAAUUGCCCUAUCGUCGCCAUUGCAGUUUUUGAGCUGAACGUGGUCUUAUUACACUUCUGGAGGUCACAGUGCGAUUUGGGUUGUUCUGCAGGUUCACUAAUUUGCUGGAAUGAAGCAGCAGCUAAACUGGACAACCACCCGACUUUCAAAUUCCGUACCGUUAAUAUUGUGAUUAGUAACACUUUUGAUGCAUCAGAAUGGCUGUGGAUAGUUCAAACUCCUACCAAUUUAUGGGCAAAUCGCAACAGCGAUUUAUGAAUCAGGAUCUUUCUCCAGAUGCUUCUGUGAAAUCAAGAGACUCGGAUAAUACCUCUAGAUGGUCAGAGCCUUUCAACGCUGAUGCAAAUUCUUCAUCCACAUCUUCUCAUUGGAAGCGUGCACAUUCAUCAGUUCCUUCUAGUUCCAGAAAUUUUCAUAAGGUUCGGCAUAUGCAAUGGGUAUUUCAACUCGUUGAUGUUGCUGCUGGGCUGAUGGCCAAGAUGUACAGGCUUAAUCAGAAAUUGGAUUACCCAGAGCCUACAUUGUUCCAGUUUUCUGAUGCUUUCUGGAAAGCAGGUGUGAUUCCCAAUUGUCCAAAGCUUUGCAUGCAUAUUGCAAAAAAGUUCCCAGAGCAUCCUGGGAAAUUGCAGCUAGAAAAGGUUGAUAAACUUGCACUGGAUACUUUAUAUGAAAAUGUGGAGGUGUACUUGGAAAAUUUGGAACCAUGGCUUAUGUUACUUUUGGACUUGAUGACAUUUCGAGAGCAAGCAUUACGACUUAUUCUAGACCUUAGUAGUACUGUUAUUACUCUUCUGCCUCAUCAGAAUUCACUGAUUCUACAUGCAUUCAUGGACCUUUUCUGCGCAUUUGUGCGUGUAAAUUUAGUGUCUGACAAGGUACCCAGAAAAAUGAUCGUUCAGAUUUACAACUUGAUGCAUACUAUGCUAAGAAGUGGAAGGGACUAUGAAUUCUAUCAUCGUCUGGUACAGUUCAUUGAUUCUUAUGAUCCACCACUGAAAGGAUUGCACGAGGAUCUAAAUUUUGUGAGCCCUCGCAUUGGAGAGGUUUUGGAGGCAGUGGGGCCUAUUGUCUUUCUUGCUGCAGAUACCCAAAAAUUGAGAAAUGAGGGUUUCCUCAGCCCCUUCCAUCCUCGAUAUCCAGAUAUACUUACCAACUCUGCCCAUCCAAUGAGAGCUCAGGACUUGGUUAAUGUCAGUGCACACAGAGAGUGGGUACUUCUUGGGUAUCUGGUCUGUCCUAGUGAGCUACUACGAAUCACUGGUAUUGACAUUGCAAUGGCAGUAUUGAAGGAAAAUUUAGUGCUUUCUCUCUAUAGGGAUGAGAGUAUACUUUUGCAUGAGGAAUACCAACUUUAUGUCUUGCCCAAAAUAUUGGAAUCAAAGAAAGUGGCCAAAGCUGGGCGUUCAAAACAAAAGGAAGCAGAUGCUGAAUAUAAUCUUGCAAAACAGGUCGAGAAAAUGAUAUGUGAUGUGCAUGAUCAAGCAAUCAUUUGUGGGGAUUCUAUACAUAGAGAACGCAGGAUCCUCCUCAAACAAGAAAUUACAAGGAUGGUGCUUUUCUUUGGUGACCAACCUAGCCUACUUGCGCCCAAUAUCCAGAUGGUAUUUUCGGCUUUAGCUCUCGCUCGGUCUGAGGUUAUGUGGUACUUCCAACACAUUGGUGUUGUGUCAGUGAAAUCCAAAUCCACACGCACCAUAUCUGUAGAGAUAGAUGCAAGUGAUCCAACUAUUGGUUUUCUUCUGGAUGGAAUGGACAAACUUUGUUGCUUGAUUCGAAAAUAUGUAUCAGCUAUCAGGGGAUAUGCCCUGGCAUACUUAACAGCUGCAGCAGAGAGGAUGCGCUUUUUACUUGGAAGUCCAGGCAUGGUAGCUCUGGACAUUGAUGUGGAGUUGCGUGGCCUUUUACAACAAAUUCUUAGCUGUCUAGAGAAAUUGCCAAGGCCUCAGGGUGAAAAUGUUUCCACAGAAAUGGUUGACCUCUCUGAUUUCCGAAAAGACUGGUUGUCUGUAUUGAUGGUUGUCACAUCAUCUAGAUCACCAAUAAAUAUUAGACACUUGGAGAAGGCCACGAUUUCUACUGGCAAGGAAGGUUUAGUGUCAGAAGGAAAUGCAGCCUAUGUUUGGUCCAGGAGUGUUGAUGAAAUUGAAGAUCAGUUGUCUAAACAUGCUUGCCUGAAACAGCUAUACUACUAUCGCCAACAUCUUACUGUUGUUUUUCGAAACACCAUGUUUGGACCAGAGGGGCGGCCACAACACUGUUGCGCAUGGCUUGGCAUUGCUAGUAGUUUUCCAGAUAAUGCUACUGUUAGUGUGCCUGAAGAGGUUAUAAAAAUAGGCCGAGAUGCAGUUUCAUAUGUGGAGUCUCUUAUAGAAUCAAUUAUGGGUGGGUUGGAAGGACUCAUCAACAUUCUAGAUUCUGAAGGUGGUUUUGGUUCGUUAGAGUACAAGCUUCUGCCAGAGCAAGCAGCAAUACGCAUGAAUCAUGCCGCCAAAGUUGCUAUGCCAUCAGCAAAGUCAAUCAAAAGUAGUUUGGAUUUACCAUUUCCAGGGAAUGAGAGUGAGCCUGCAAGUAGAGAUACUAUUAAAAUGUUAGAAGCUGCAGUGCAAAGGUUGACAAGUCUUUGCUCAGCUUUGAACGAAAUGGAACCGAUAUGUGUGCUGAACCAUGUCUUUGUUCUAAGGGAGUAUUUAAGAGACUGUGUUUUAAGUAACUUCAGGAGACGGUUGAUUACAAUCUUAAAGAUUGAUAGAGACCUUCAGCGGCCUUCUGUUCUUGAGUCAUUAAUACGACGACAUAUGAAUAUUAUUCAUCUGGUUGAACAGCAUGUUAGUAUGGAUCUGACUCAGGGUCUGCGGGAAGUAUUAUUAAGCGAAUCAUUUUGUGGACCUGUGCAUGGAUUGCAUUCUUUUGAAAAGCCAGUACAAAAUACCGGAACAGUAAUUACAAUUAUUUGUGACUGGUAUCUGGAAAAUGUUGUUAAGGAUGCAAAUGGAGUUGGUAUAUUAUUUACACCUAUAGACAAGUGCUUCAAAAGUGCAAGACCAGUGGGUGGAUUCUUUGCUGAGUCAGUAACAGACAUUUCCGAACUCAAGGCUUUUGUUCGAUUAUUUGGUCUGUAUGGUGUUGAUAAACUUGAUGGUAUGAUCCAAGAACACUUAACUGCUCUUUUGAAUUGUAUUGAUAUUACAUUACGCACAAACAAGGAGCCUCUUGAAGCUCUCUCUGCAAAAAUGGACAAUGAGACAGAGAGGGAUUCCUGCUUGAAACAAAUUCAGGAGCUUGAGGAUCUCAUCAACUUUUCGAUUCAAGUAGGUCAGGCAUUGUGCUUUAGCUCCCUGUUAGCUGAAGCAGCUGGACAAGUACUUGAUGCAAAUGCUCCUCUGCUAUUCUCACUAUUGUCAAACUUCACAAAGCACAUACCAGUUUCUCUGCCUGAGAAAGAAGAUAUUAGGAAGAUGAAAACAUUAUCAAGCACUCUGGGUGUCUCUCUGGACCAUGAUAUUGCAUUAGUCCACUCCAUUCUCCUUGACAUGGGUGGUGCUGGUGAUGUUACAUGGAGCCUGUUGCCUUAUCUCUGUGCAGCAUACAUGACAUCCAACAUCUGGAGUACUUCUGCAUUUAGUAUUAGUACAGGAGGAUUUAACAAUAAUGUCCACUGUUUGGCAAGGUUCAUAAAUGCUGUUAUUGCUGCAAGUGAACUAGUAAGAGAAGAAAGAAAAGAGCUACAGAAACAGCUUCUUUCUCAACAGCAAUCAAAUGUUAAUAGCCUUGAACUUAACGAACUUGAAGCAGAAUUGCAGAACUUGGAAGGACUUAUGCCUGUUGAAGUAAAUAUAAAGAUGGCAAUGAAAGUGUUUCUCAAAUGUGCUUCAGAAAUCAUACUUGAAUCCUGGAAUGACAAUAACAGGUCCCCUCUAGUGGCAAAGUUAAUAUUCCUUGAUCAAUUAUGUGAGCUCUCAAAGUAUCUUCCCCGAAGCACACUGGAAGUUCAUGUACCCUAUGCCUUGUUGAGGUCCAUUUAUCAGCAGUACUAUGAGAAUUCCGUUCCCACACUAGUGCUGAUUAGCCCACCGCGGAGAAAUUCUCUAGGGGUAUCCUUAAGUCAUGCAUCUUCAAGGAAUUCACCAUUUUAUAGUGAUGUUUCUAUGGAAUCCAGUGAGGGAGGAACAUCCAGCACACUCAAGUUUCCAUCACAGAGAAAAUCACCUACUCUAGAUUUGGAAUACCCUACCACAAACGUCAAACAUGGUGGAGGCGGUGUUCGCCUUUCUGGGCCACUUGACUAUGGUGGCAUGCGAAAGGUUUCCAAUACAGAUAAUCAAAACUCUGUUGGCACAUCUGGACCUAGUCCUCUUCGACGGUUUUCAAUAUCCAGAUCGGGACCUGUAACAUACAAGUAAUAAUACAGUAUAAAGUAUAGAAAUAGAACUAAAAUUUGAGCAAGUAUAUAAUAGGAUUUCUGACAUGGAGAAGAAUAUUUGUCAAAUUUAUUAUGGAUAGUUUUUUUGUACAGCUGAAAGGUUCCAAGAUAGAUAAUAGAUAUUUUUAAGCUUGUACUUUCCAGAAAUUGUUGGUAUUUUGUUUACACAUACGAACAAUAAUCCUUCCUAAAACAUCAUCUUCUCAAGAAUUUUAAUUUGAAGUGCUUUU